AUGGCGGACGCAUCUCUCCUUGUCGAUUGCCAGCGCGACUUCGCGCAUAUCAAUGAUGCCAUUAUCCAGGUCGCAACGGCCUUCGAGACGACAUACUUUGUCGGGCGAGACGUCUUCUAUGAACCGACACAGACACCGCCCUUUCAAUCAGACACGUUCGCCUCCUUUCAACAUGCUGCUCAGAUUGCUCUGCCAGAUUCCGAGAUCAACCUCAUAUGUACAGCUAAGAUCACCAGCGCGACCUUCUGGGCCUUUGUCUCGGAGAAGCUUGAGCUGGACGAGCAAAUUCGACCGGUCAAGGAUCAGCUUGUCUUGAAGUUCUCGCAAGUCAAAUUACUUCGUGCAUUCAAUAUCCCUCGAUAUCGUAGCACGAAACUUCGAUUGUCAUAUCAAAAGAGUCCGCAAGGAUUUGAGUCGAUCGCUUUCGCGUGUAAUCUCCACGCACUAUCGUUCAAAGCCUAUGAGCCUCUCCAGAGAAUCGUCGAGACCGAGCGACUGCUGAGGGAUGUCUACGCAAGGCGAAGCGAGUCGCAGCAGUCCUGCUUUCGAAAUGGUUUCUUUCGUCUGUAUCAAUGGGCUGAUAGCUGCGGUCUGGUCUCUGAUACGCUCCACAUGCUGACAGCGGAAUGCCUUUUUGUCCUGUACGCUACUGGACUUGAAGAGACCUCGCCGUUGCACGGUAUUACCGAAAAUGAUGAGAAUUGCGACGAGAGUGUUCCAGAAUUAGAUUAUCUGCGGCAGGUUUUCGCCAAAGGCUCAUUCCAUGACUUCUUCACAGAGGAUCCCGAAGUCCUCGAUCGCUUCACCAUGACCGUCUCACCGCCCUAUAGUCGCCAUAAUUUUGCGGCAAAUCUCUCACCGGAGGCCAUACGAUCCUUCAAGUCUGCCAUAGACCACGUCAGUCGGCUGUUGUGGCUCGAGGAUACUUUCACAUUGAUCGACAGUCCCAAGGCGGGCCUCCAACUCUUUCUAGAGAAUUCCCAGCAGCUGGUCCGUUUCACAGCACGAUGUUGGGACGUAAAACUCCACGCCUUAUUCCUCGAGUAUCUUCCGGUCGUCUUGCUGCAAUUUCAAUCACGAUUUAGAGCGCGUCAGAAAGGCGUUCAUGAGGCUCGUCUGUGGCCCAGUCCGCUUCCAACAGGGACAGAUGGUUCCGAUGGGGAUAGCGUGUAUCUGUUUGAUAUCUAUCAUACGAGCGAAGAUAUCAAAUCUGACAACAACAGCAACGCUAGUGGUCACGAUGUUGCGGAGUUGCUCUCCUGCCUAGAAGAAAUCUGCGAUGGUCUCGACUACAACCGCGAAAUCAUGUACAUGGAGCUCUCCCUAGCAUCAGUCUCUGAAAUCCAAACCAACCUCACUACAGCACAGCAAAGUCAACCUUCUCCAUCAUCCUUCACUAAGCUAUCCAUUCAAGAUCAAGCCGGACCCGUUCUUUCCUCGUCGACACCUCCCUCCUCAUCACCCUCUUCCAAGAAAUUCCGCCCUUUCUCCUCCGCACUCUCCCGCCUUCGCUGGGACCCGCAACAUCGCGGGAUUGUCUACGAAGUUGGAUACAUCGACCGAUUCCCAACCGCGUCCGCUGACACCGAUGGGUUGCUCUGGAAGCCACUUGACACAUGGCAGAAACAUACCGAGGAGGAAGAUUUUGUCCCGGAGCAUCGAGUGCGGAAGAUCCGUAAAGUCGGAGAUGGAGAGGCGAAGACGGUGGUCUGGGAUCGGGAGCGGAGGAUUGAUGGAACUUGA